CACACACAUCCAAAAGACUCCGCCCACCUUUCUCUGAUGCUGAUUGGAGGAAAGACAGCCAGGUAGCGCUCCACUCAGCUGCAGGAUGAGUGGAGCCGGGGAGGUGGUGUGUGAAGGCUGGCUGAGGAAAUCUCCCCCAGAGAAGAAGCUACACCGCCAUGCGUGGAAGCGGCGCUGGUUCGUGCUGCGCAGCGGGAGGCUGAGCGGAGAGCCGGACGUCCUGCAGUACUACAAGAACCAGCAGAGCCGCCGGCCAAUCAGAACCAUCAACCUGCACCUGUGUGAACAGGUAGACGCCGGGCUGACGUUCAACAAGAAGGAGCUGGAGAGCAGCUUCGUGUUCGACCUGAGGACGGAGGAGAGGACCUGGUACCUGGUGUCCGAGUCCGAGGAGGACAUGAACCGCUGGGUGUCGUGCAUCUGCCUGCUCUGCGGCUUCAACCCCACAGAAGACGUCCCAGAGAGACCCGCCGUCUCUGGCUCCGCCCACAUCGCUGCGAUGACUCCGCCCCUCCGUAGCGUCAGUGGUGUCACCGCGGUAACGGCGUCAGUCCCGCCCCCCUACGACCCGGUGAGCGUGAGGAGCCCGCAGCACGACGUGAACACAGAGGAAGAAUACCUGUGGUUAUCCCAGUGCCAGAGUCACACCAGGCCUCCUCUGGGCUCCUCCACGUCUCUAGAAACCGACGACUUCCCUCCCCCUUCCUCCUCCUCUUCCUCUUCCUCCUCUCCCUCCCUUCUUCCUAACGGCCUCCCCCCUUCUUCCUCUUCCUCCCCCUUCCGGACGGCCCCCUGGUCGGUGUCGCUGGACGUGACCUCUGACCUCCAGAGGCGUAAGCUCCGCUGUCACCCGUCCCCUCACCCCCGGAAACACUCCCUGGACCUCCUGCUGCGGCCCGUGGAGAUCCUCCCCCUCUGUGACUCCCCCCUCCUCCCCCACACACUCUCCUAUAGCGGGUAUCAGAUCCCCCGUCCCCCCUCCUCCUCCCCGAGUGUCGACUCCCUGGCGCCGGCGGAGCUCCUCGCCUCCACCCCAACUCCCCCGCCAAGACCUCCCAAACCUCAGAGUGCCGCGGCCCAGGGAGAGAGCUCGUCUGGGGGGAGGGGGUGGGCGACACUCCCACGAACGAGAGACGGAGAGGAGGGAGGGAGGACGAGGGGAGGCACGACGAGGAGCAACACCAUCACUGCACACACAGAGCUGAUCUCUGGGUCUCUGCCGGACAGAGCGAGCAUGUUUGAGUUCAGCGAGAGCUUCAACAGCUACUUCAUGAAUAAAGGCCUGGUUCCUCUGGGCUCUGAAGACGAGGAUGUGGAUGAGAAUUAUGUUCCCAUGAGCGCCUCCACCACUGAGCCUCCUGUAGCUCCCAGGGCGCCUACCGCUCCUCCCUCAGACUCUCCCCCCCUCCAGGACACUAACUACGUCCCGAUGACCCCCCUCACCCCGUCCCUCCCUGUGCCCCCUCCCCCUGCCUCAGGUGAGCUGGCAUCUCUGGGCAGACAGGUGCCCCCCCCUGCUCACAUGGGUUUCAGAAACUCCCUGCUCACCCCCCCGCUCCGGAGGAACACCACGGCAGGAGGAGAGGCCGUGCCCCCCCCCAUCCAUCGCAACCUGAAACCACAGCGCAGAGGAGACAGUCAGACUGCAGAGCCCAGACACAGAGCCAGAGUGAAGCCGGCUCCUCUGGACCUCCCUUCUCUGCAGCAGGACUGGCAGGAAGUCCCGCCCCCCGUCCGCUCACCUGUCACUCGAACCUUCACACGCGAUCCCUGCAGUCUCUGCUCCGUCAGACCCCCAUCGGCCCACAGCUCCUCUCCUCCCUCCUCUGACUCUGAGGACCCCGACGACAACUACGUAGCCAUGAUGACGACACCGAGCCUCAGCUCCAGCACCGGAGAGCAGACUCUGAGACUGAUGCUGCACCGGACCUCAGAGGGGGGGGUGAGCAGCCCGGUUGUACGGAGAGCCGGAGGAAACAGGCGGGUAGAAUAUCUGGACCUGGACCUGAACACCGGGAGAGCCUGCGCAGCCCGACAGAAACGCUGCACGGCUGAAGGCGGCAGGGAGCAGUCUGCAGCCGGCGAGGAGCGUGCACGAGGCGGGCGUGCACGUGUGGACUAUGUGGUGGUGGACCCCAAAAGGACCAAGGCGCUGAGGAGCACCAGAGAAGCCUGGCAUGAUGGGAGGAUGUCCACGGAGAAGGAGAAAUGAUAGAGAGGCACGAACAUGAUUUAAAUCAUUUUGAUUCGUGACGGGUCAUCUGUUGUACUGCUUGGUAGAUUUGGGGUUUUCGACCCGCAAAGAAUUUAGCUGAACAUGCAACCCGCAGAUUCUCCGAGAGGGAUUUUGGAAACAUUUCUUCGUCUGCAUCCCAAAAGAUUCCAGUAGUUGCGAGGCAGGAUAGAAAUCAACACUCACUCUGAACACAGAAGUCUGACUUACUUCCCCUUUCUCAAACAGAGCUGUAGCCAUGAACACACACAAACAGAUGACUCACCUCUGAAACACACACACACACACACACAAAAAUGCAUCCUUUGUUCACCUUUGAUUAUGUUACACGCUGAAAUGUUAAGUUAAAACUUGUUUAGCUCAUGCACACAUUUGGCGGAACAAAUAGGAAGAUAUUUAAGUGUUUUUCAUUUCAAAAUGAGCAAGAAGUACUUUGUAUUUCUGUUGAAGGUUCACAUGUGUGCACGGCAGAGAGAGAUUUGAUUCAUGGAAAGAAAUGAAAGUCAUAUCUUAUUAAGUAUUUUCAAGCUGCAAUUCAGCCUCACAGAGAUAAAGGGUCACGUGCUUUGUACCAGAGACAGUCAGCGCCGGUACAUCCGAUCAAUGGUGGAUACAUCAGAAUAAUUACCAGUGAUCCUUUUUAAUUGUCUGUGCACUUUUCUGCAGUGAUUGUUUCAAAUGGAGAAUGUGAUUACAGCAAACAGUGCAUGAAUAAAAACACCACACCACUCUUA